AUGAAGUUCAGUGAAUUUUACAAGUUUGAUGAAUUUCGGUGUACAAAUUUGGCUGGUUUUUUCCCCUUGGUCCCAGGCCCCGGCCCUGGCCCCCGCAUCCUGCACACGAGGACCUGGACGGACCAGCUGCACGGCGUGGAGGCGUGGCCGGCCGGCGAGCGGCCCGCCCUGGACGUCCUGCACGUGUCCCUGGUGUUCGCCGGCACCGAACUGCUGCGGGUGUUCGGGCGCACGACCGCCCGCCUCGAGGUGGAGCUGGAUCUCGACCGCAGAGUGGUCACCUCAGAAACGAAGAGUGACAGCAGUCCCAGAUCGCGUCCGUGGAUGAAUCGCCAGGUCGCCUUCAACGUCUGGCAGCUCGUGGGGAGCCACGUCCGAGAGGUGGCUCUGCUGCGGUCCCACGGCACUGGUUCAUCAGAGCGGGUUGCCUUGUGCGCCCAGCAGAUGGCGCUGGUGAGAGGCGUGCUUCCCGACGCAGUGGUCAAAUGCAGCGGCUGCGAGGGUGCCAACCUCUGCCGCUGCUGAAAAGUGUUCGGCUCGAAGAUGACGUCACGCUGAUGACGUCACAAGGCGACGAAAAUCAACUCGAACACCCGGUUUGUCAGCGUCGACUGUCGUAAGCAUUGAUUGUGUAUUGAUCCCAUGGAUUCGUAUUUUUGGAGUGGUAUGCCAAUGUUAUAGGCACCUUGUCAUAUUUUUCUUUAUUAAAAUGAAUUGUUGGAAAGUAAUAA